AUGCUAGCGAGGAAUCUUUCAACCCUAGUAUUCAAGAACGAGGCCAUCUAUGCUGGCCUCAAUGGUCAACCUACCAUUCGAGCCUUAUCUUCCGCCUCUCCCUCCACAACAUCCAGAGGUCUUACUCCAGAUAAUUCCAAAAACCAAGCCGAAACCAAUCCGAACGAAUCCCCGUCGAAACCCGCCAGCAAGCUCCAAAGCACGAAUCAAGUGAAAUCUAUUGCCCAAGCCGAUGCUGAGCUCCGAGAGAGAAUGGAACGAAUGUCUGGAGAAGGAGGUGCUGCCGGAGUAGAAUACGAAGACGGCAAACCAAGUGCCAUGAAACGUGGCGUGCGAAACAACAUGUUCCGGCUGAUCUGA